UGGGCGGGGAGGAGAGAUCGCCAUUUUCAUUGGGGCGCAGCAGCAGACAGGCGGAUACCGGCAGCGCAGCAGCAGCAGGCGGGGAGGAUGCGCUCAGGGACCCCGGCGGCUGUCAGCUAGUAGAGGCCAGGGCCCGGGCCUGUGACAGAUCCCCAGACACAUCAUCCAUUGCCCGUGGAGAGCGCUGCGGCGGCACUGACCGCUGAACGAAUGUAUGACAACAUGUCCACAAUGGUGUUUCUGAAGGAAGACAAGUUGGAGAAACUCACCCAGGAUGAGAUCAUUUCUAAGACCAAGCAGGUGAUCCAGGGCCUGGAGGCCCUGAAAAAUGAGCACAAUUCCAUCUUGCAGAGCCUACUGGAAACCUUGAAGUGUUUGAAAAAAGAUGACGAAAGCAACCUGGUGGAAGAGAAAUCCACCAUGAUCCGCAAGUCUCUGGAGAUGCUGGAGCUUGGUCUUAGCGAAGCACAGGUGAUGAUGGCCUUAUCCAACCACUUGAAUGCAGUAGAGUCUGAGAAGCAGAAACUUAGGGCUCAGGUCCGCCGGCUGUGCCAGGAGAACCAGUGGCUGCGGGAUGAGCUGGCCAACACUCAGCAGAAACUUCAGAGGAGCGAACAGUCCGUGGCCCAACUAGAGGAGGAGAAGAAACAUCUAGAGUUCAUGAAUCAGCUGAAAAAAUAUGAUGAUGAUAUUUCUCCAUCGGAUGACAAAGACAGCGAUUCCUCUAAGGAGCCUUUGGAUGACCUCUUCCCUAAUGAUGACGAUGAUCAAGGACCAGGAAUACAACAACAGCACAGCAGUGCGGCCGCUGCAGCCCAACAAGGUGGCUACGAGAUCCCUGCGCGAUUAAGAACCCUCCAUAAUCUGGUCAUUCAGUACGCCUCCCAGGGCAGGUAUGAAGUGGCUGUACCUCUCUGCAAGCAAGCUCUCGAAGACCUGGAGAAGACCUCUGGUCAUGAUCACCCAGAUGUUGCCACAAUGCUCAAUAUACUGGCUCUGGUAUACAGGGACCAAAACAAAUACAAAGAUGCUGCCAAUCUAUUAAAUGACGCCCUGGCCAUUCGAGAGAAGACCUUGGGAAAAGAUCACCCAGCGGUCGCAGCUACACUUAAUAACCUGGCGGUCCUCUAUGGUAAGAGGGGGAAGUACAAGGAAGCAGAACCAUUAUGCAAAAGAGCCUUGGAGAUCCGGGAAAAGGUGCUGGGGAAAGAUCACCCCGAUGUAGCCAAGCAGUUGAACAACCUGGCUUUACUGUGCCAGAACCAAGGAAAAUAUGAGGAAGUGGAGUAUUACUACCAGAGGGCACUGGAGAUCUAUCAGACCAAACUGGGGCCAGACGAUCCAAACGUGGCAAAGACUAAGAACAACUUGGCUUCCUGCUACCUGAAACAAGGCAAGUUCAAGCAGGCGGAGACCUUGUACAAGGAGAUUCUGACGCGGGCACACGAAAGGGAGUUCGGAUCAGUCGAUGAUGAGAAUAAACCAAUCUGGAUGCAUGCCGAAGAAAGAGAAAAAUUCAAAGGGAAACAAAAGGACGGCACAUUUGGGGAAUAUGGAGGCUGGUACAAAGCUUGCAAAGUGGACAGCCCAACAGUGACCACAACGCUGAAAAACCUCGGAGCACUUUAUAGACGUCAGGGCAAGUUUGAAGCCGCUGAAACACUAGAAGAGGCAGCGAUGAGGUCACGGAAGCAGGGUCCUGUCUCACAGGGACUAGACAAUGUCCACAAGCAGCGAGUGGCCGAAGUGUUAAAUGACCCAGAAAGCAUUGAGAAGCGAAGGAGUCGAGAGAGCCUGGAUGUGGUAAAGUACGAGAGCGGUCCUGACGGAGGGGAGGAAGUGAGUAUGAGCGUAGAGUGGAAUGGGGACGGCACUGGAUCUUUAAAACGCAGCGGUUCCUUUAGCAAACUCCGCGCUUCCAUUAGACGCAGCAGCGAGAAGUUGGUUAGGAAGCUGAAAGGAGGCAGUUCACGGGAUGGUGAACCAAAGAAUCCUGGCAUGAAGCGUGCCAGCUCUCUGAAUGUUCUUAACACGGGUGGCAAGGCUGCUGAAGACCACAUGCAAGAACGAAAUAAUUGUCUGACCGACGCGAGAGGUUUGAGCGCUAGUCACACGGACCUGGCUCAUUAAGAUUGGCUCGGAGAUGAACUGCAGCACCUGUACAAUGAAGACGCACUGAGACACUAAACUCCCCCCUCCCCGUACAAGCAGCUUGGUCAUGUUUGAGAACGAAUUGGUCUUUUUACUUUUUCUAAAAAGAUAAGAAUAUAGAUUUUUUAUUUAGUGUAAUUAGGUUUUUGUUUUUAAAUGGAACAUUUUAUUUAUAGGCGUGUAUGUAUAUAUCAUUUGCUGCUUGCCCUGUUGGCCGUAGAAAUCUAAUAUAUAUCGUACAUAAUAAUUGGGUCACUGUUACACCAGCUGCGUAUCGGGCAGAAAGCUAAAACAGACGUUGGCUUUACACAAAUGUCCGCAUGGACUGACACUGGAUAAGGAUCUAUUGUGAAUAGCUGAAUAUAUGCUACGGUUACGGUAAUGCUGUCUUUGAAAUGUUGGUUUAUGAUGAGAAUACAAUAGCUGUUUACAUUUUUCUGAGCAAGGGACUAUAAAUGCCUUUUUAGAAGUGUAUGCAAGAGAUUAAGGUGUACUCGCUGGUCUUACACGGCCGUCUCCUGAGAUCCGUGACCAGACCUGGAUAUGGUAUGUCAGGUGCCAGGUGGGCAGCUGAUGCCUACUUGUUCUGUCUGGCAUUUGACACCAAUGAGGUCUUGCCUUCCUAAUGCUAUGACGUUCGGUGUUCAUAAGCACAGUCAGGAUGUGUUUGUAGGGUCAGCAGUCAGAAUACCGAUCCUAUUCUGAAAGCCGACACCGGCAUCCAGAAUAGGUGUACCAUCCCGGAGGUUAGUUUAGGCUGCGGGAGGGGGGGUGAUGGUUAGGAUAAGGCACCAAGGGGGGAGAUUAGGUUUAGGCUGCGGGAAGGGAGGGGAGAGAACCCCCCCCUUACUCACCCCUGUCCGCUUCGGAACAGUCUGGUUCCCAUACUGCGGUAACUCGUACUGUUCCCCCCUGCCUGGUAGGGCAAUGCAUAGGCUUUCAUGCAAGGGGAAUGUCCUGGAUUGCUAACCUUGGUUUUUAUGCUUUUGAAAAUGGUUUUUCAGAUGUCAUCAAUGUUUCUAAAUAUCUCUGGAUGCUACCAUACGAUCCAGGAUGAAUGACUCAAGCCUCUGUCAAAAAGCUAAGCCGCCAUUGAAGUAACGCGCAGAAAAUAUAAGGGGACACAGAAUAUGGGUUAUUAGGUCACGUCCAGCUCGGAGUGUGCUGUAUUUACCAUCUACUUCAAAUAUACUGCACGUGAUGCAACAGUUACAUUCAGUUAAAUGGACACCAUCAUGAAGAGAUUGUGGGUGUACAUCUAGUAUAGUGUUAAACAAAGCUCCGCUACUCUCCUGGACUUAAGAGCUGUCAGUUCUGCAAUAGGGGGUAUGGUGGUCCUCACAAAUGCUCUUUGCUUUCGUUGAAGACUGUAAGAAGAACCCUAAGGCUUUAUCUGGGGGAAUUGGCACACUGGUAAAAUAAAAAAUCUUUUACGCUAGGUCAAAGUGACUGUGUACGCACGAUACACAGCUUUAUUAUACCACAGGGGUUGCCUCCCUCCUGUCAGAUACAUCUAACUCUAUUGAGGUGAUUUUCACAUCACAGUAAGUGGAGAGCUCUAGGGGAAGGGAUGUCAAACCAUGGCAACUGUACUGGAUGGUCAGAUCUGCAGGGAGAGUUACUGACUCAGUCACAGGGACUAGGUAUAAUCCUGUAACUGGGAAGAUUUUCUACUUUCAGACCGUCGGCACUUAAUUUGGAUGUUUUAUUCCAAAACUUGUAUGAUAAUGCUGUUCCUGUGCUAGAACGGCUUUCCUUUGGGCGGGGGAAGAAAUAGACAUAUAGCUAAUUUUUAUUUUUUAGCCAUGACUAGGAAGAUAUCGGCAGGUGCAGCUUCUAGUAAAGAUUUACAGUGAAUAUAAAUGGAAUUUUUGGUUACAUGGUGAAUUGUUACUAGUGCAACUGGAGGCCACCUAGUUUUCUAUUAGUUACAAUAUGUGAGACUAGUGCUGGGUGUUACCUUUCCCCUGUAAGUAUUCCCCACGAGACUCCCUGCAUCAUUGUUUGGCUGCACUGGUUCUCUAGCCCGGACUGUUACAGAUGCAGGAACUUGUCUCGGAUGGACUGAUUGUAAAUAGCUGUCACUCAGCGCCAUGUAGUACCUGGGGUACUAUAUUUAUGAAUGUCAUUUGUAUUGUGAAUGUGAGGUGUGUAUCCGUGUCAUCUAUGCUUUAAUGCCAGGACGAUACUUACCGUAUAAAUACUUUGAUAUCUAAUAAAGAUGACUAGAUUGCU